AUGGCUAAUGCAACACAAGCACUGAGACUGCUCCAGACGCUCCAAAAGGAGCAGGGAGAUCUCAAACAAAAACUGAGUAUCAUAAGGAUCGCAGAACCCAUUUCAGAAAUCGGCGACACCAAACAAUCCCCCUCGAAACGAAGAUCGGACGUCUCGAUAUCAAACCUCAGUGACCCGACUCCUGCCUCUUUAAAGGCCGAUCUUACUCACUACAAGGAACUAUUUUCCAAAUUACGAUUCUCCUACCUCGAACAAGUCACAAAAGAAAAAUUUCUACGAGCAAUCGUCGGCGACCCUCCUCUCGUCGUGGGACACAAUGAGAAUGUGGAACUGGAGAUACAGCUAGCGGGGGUGAAAGCAGAGCUAAAAGCCCGAAAAGAAGAGGCGCGCGUGAUGAUCGAGGAGAUGGAGAAGAUGAGUCGGGAUUUAGCAAGUCGUUACAAAAACGUUGAAAUCCAGGAAACACAACUUACCGAUCUACCGGAAUCGAUUGAGAACCUCGAGUCCACAAUUGCGGGUCUUCGCGCGAAACAAGUCGCUAGUAUGGAUACGUCGAAUCCGCGUUCAUCGCAGAAUUUGACUCUCCCUGCGACGAUGGAAUUGUUAUCGGAGAGGGAGGCGGAGUUGGCGGCGCUGAAUAGACAGAUCGCUGCUGUGCAGAACUCGUUACCGCGAAAGACGAGGGAAGCUGAGGCCAUUGAGAGGGAGUGUUCCGUAUUAGAGAGGCGGAAGGAAGAGGCGAUCAUGCAGGCGCGCGAGGCAAGAAGGAAGAAGCAGAAGGGUGAGACGGAUGGCACGGAGGAAAUGGGGAAGUGGUAUAGAGGUGCGGAGGAGACAUUGAAGGAGAUGGUUGGCAUAGAGGGAUGA